AUUGGGGUAAAUAAAAAUAGGAAAUGUCCUUCCUAUUCAUUGAGUGAGCAGUCUGUCUCGGUCGCGAUGGGGAUAAAUUAGCACACAAACAGAGGAUGAGGUACGAAUAGUCGCUCCAAUUGGGUACUUACAACGUCAAUCAGAGGAUAGGGGCGGAAGCGGAUUGAAGUUAAACGGAUUGGAAAUAAAAACCAGAGUCAGCAACUAUAGGUUUACGAGUUUUUUUCCAACAGCGGAGCGGCUGGAAUUUUGUACGGAAUCGAUUUCUGUUUGGAGCAUAGGGUGUGCUGAAAAUAAACCGAACCAAUUUUUUUUUAAAAAAAUGCCAUCCUUGCGCGAGCGUUUGGAAAAGUUUCUGGACGAGAAGAACUUCUUCACCAACAUUCUAGAGAAGAUUGAAAAGAAGACGGGUGUGCGUAAACACCAUCUGGUCACAGGUUCAGUAUCAAUCCUUGGCAUUUACCUUGUGUUUGGACAUGGAGCAUCUCUCUUAUGUAAUUUGAUUGGUUUUGUGUAUCCAGCUUAUUUUUCAAUCAAAGCUAUUGAAAGUGUAAAUAAAGAAGAUGACACUAAGUGGUUGACGUAUUGGGUUGUAUAUGGAAUAUUCAGUGUUGUAGAAUUUUUCUCGGAUAUCUUCCUCUAUUGGUUUCCUUUUUAUUAUGUAGGCAAGUGUCUUUUCCUGAUGUGGUGCAUGGCACCAGUCACGUGGAACGGUUCUCAGAUCAUCUAUAACCGAAUUGUCCGCCCUCUGUUCCUCAAGCAUCAUGCCCGAGUGGAUAGUGUUGUUAAUGACCUCGGUGACAAGGCUUUGGAUGCUGCAGAAUGUGUGACAAGAGAAGUUUUGCAGACUCUAAGUAACAGCAAGAGCCUCGUAAGGCCAGAUGCAAGACCUAAACAGUUAGCUGGAGCGUCUCACUGAAGCUACAUUUGACAAAAGACGAAGACAACUGAGGACCAUACAAUAAACUGCCUGCAUGAUGAAGCUAAUCCCACAAGAAAAAAGAAGACUUGCUAUAAAUCUGGCAUGGAAGCAACAGUGUCUGAAAGGAAAAGUUUAUGGUUAAAUUUUCCAAGUGUGAUUUGACAUUGAAAUCUAACACAACCUACUUUUUUCUUUCAGAAGCAGACACUCUCGUUUUAAAGCAUUUUUCAAAUUCAAUAAAUUUUCUAUUUGCUUUAUACAAUAUUCUUGUAGCAAAAGACUCAAUUUUUUUUGAAGCAAUAGAGAAGAAUGGUCCCUCUUGUGGUCUAAACUGGAUUUAUACGCUGCAUUAUAAUAUACAGUAAAAAUUGCCACAAGCCUGUUGAUUUGUUUAACCUCAGAGGUGCAGUAGAUCUGUCAAAUGUUAACAUUCCACAAGCUCAAUUUUAGCAUCAAUUGUCAGGAAAAAGAACUUCUGAUAUUGUUAUAGUUUCAUUUUUGCAUGGUACCCUGAAAAUGUUGAGUUGUAUCUUGAAAUAACACUUUCACUGGCUAUAGAUAAUAGAUAUCCUUUUUAAUGUGAUAUGAACAGGAUGAAAUGGCUUGGUUUCACUUUGGUUAGCUAAUGGGUAGAUGUGUUGUAAGUGAUUUAUUCAUCCUGUGGUCCACCUAAUACCCAAGAUCAAAAUAUUGAAUGUAAUUUCCCAUCUAGUUCUGCAUGUCAAGAUAUUGGUUCACUGUUAGCCAUCCAAUCUUUGCAUAGUAACUCCAUUUAAUUAUGAGGAACUCUUAAUGAUGUUCUGCAGCUAACUUGCAUGUGAUUGUAUUUACUUAUGCCGAUAAUUUAAAAGCCUGUUAUAUCUUGCGUUGUACACUGACUCAACAAAAUAGUUCCUACUUUUUAAAAUUUGCCUGUAGAUCCAACAAUAGACAUUUCUGGAAAAAUUGUUUGUUAUCGGAUUUUAUAGACUGCGUAGUUAUGGACAUUAUAUGUUUAUUCUGGCCUUUUAUUAACAUUUGGGUUUGAGUGUGAGCGGCUGAUGAACAUCAUUGCUCCCCCCCCCCCCCCCCCAUUACAAAAUGUGAAAAUGCAUUGAGCCAACUUCAGACCAUUUAACCUAGGCUCCGUUGUUAUUUAAAACAUUGUUUCACAAGGGGAGGUUUUGUUCAGUACUGGUGCUAGGAUGGGUGGGUUUGUUGGCGAUGGAAGUUGUCUUUUAGGAUCAGCUCAAAGUUCAGUUAUCCCAAACUGUCGUAGCUGGAAGAAGCAUUACCUCCACAAUAAUGUGAUUUGGAAGGAGUGUUGGUAUCUACACAAUUCCUUCAUAAUGUUUUACAUGGAGUGUGAGGUAUAAGAAAAUACUUUAAAGUCAUAAUAUUGUAUUUUUUUUAAAAGGAACUAGUUAUUUAUUUCAAGUGAUUUCCAACACCUGUAGAUUCUCUCUUGUUUGUCAUUUAAUUCAAGGGAAGUUGUAGAGUGGGUGCCUCUUCAGGGCAUUUGCUUAACUUGCAGACAAUCUUAAUGAGACUGCUGAGCCUUCGAGCUGUGCUAUUGGGGAAAUGUAGAUUUUUAUUGUAAUGUUCUCACCAGUUGGUAUUCCACUGGGAUGAGAAACGGGCAAAAUGAUUUUGUGACUGGGGAGUGUGUGCAAGUUAUGUAUCAUUACAGUGCACUGAUAUCACACCGGGACUGGAAACUACUGUAGCAUUCCUGUAAUUUGUUUGAAAAAGCAUUUGAAUCAGUGAUUUUUUUCCUCGUCAUAUUAAAAUAAAUAAAGCAUUUUUUU